AUGUCUAUAGAACUUCGAAAGAAUGAAGAGGCUGUCGCGGAUUGCUGUGGCACUCCAUUUUAUAUGGCACCUGAAGUUUUAAAUGGAAAGUCGUACACACGACAAUGCGAUAUUUGGAGUCUUGGAGUUAUAAUGUAUCAACUAUUAUCAAAUAAAUUUCCCUUUGAAUCACGAAACGACAAAAAGUUGGUGGAAGAGAUAACCAAUUACAAAUUAGGUGAAAGACAGAGUGAUUACAGCAAUAAUUUCAGUGGAAUGGCUUUUGCAUGCCUGUCUCAUAUGCUGAAUUUAGAUCCUAUAUAUAGGUACUCGGCGUCCGAGUUACUGCUUGAUUCUUGGUUCACUAUGCGCAGUGACGAUCACACCAACUGCAUAGUUCCAGCUAUGGAUUUUGAAUAUGUCCCUCAGAUAGCAAAUAUCGGUGGUUCCAAAAAGCUUAUUGAAUUGGGUCCUGCCACAAAGAGCCAAAAUGAUCCCUCGCUUUCAGGACAUAGGACCAACGUAAUGCUAUUGAUGAAGGAAUUUCACAGAGAACUUUAUCCAACUGACGCAUCUCCACUCGAAAAAAAUAAGAAAUGA